UUGACAAAUACUUUCACUUGUCUACCUUGGGUCGGUGCACCUGAAAUGUUCGUUUGUUUCUACCGCAGGUACUAUGAAACCAGUUUAGACUUGUUAGAAGGAAAAAUAACCAAACUUCCUUUUCCACUCGGUCUGUAAUGACGACAGUAAACUUUUUUUUUUUUUUUUUAUACCUGCCGCACCUGUGAAAUAAAGUGAAAGUAAAAGAAGGCCCCAGGCCGCGGCUGUAUCUUUGACUUUUCUGCUUUUUUAUCGAAAUGAUUCGUCCAUUUUUACUGGUUUUCGGCAUCUUCACUUCCUUUCUAGUUGCGGAACAGCCUCCAAUAUACGCACUGCUGGGGCAGACGGUCAGCUUGGACCCACCUGGAAUCACGUUUUCCACAGAAGACAUUCUGUGGAAACAUAAAGGAGACAAAGUGGUAGAAUUCAACGGUAACGAGCAGCGUGAGUACGGCACAUUUGUCAACAGGAUCACUCUGGACUGGCACUCUGCAGAGCUCACUAUCUCAGACCUCAGAUAUGAAGACAGCGGAGUGUAUGCACUGGAAGCAUUCAAAAAUAGAGAGUGGCAACGUGCAUCCUUUACAUUGGCGGUCAUAGACAGAGUAGCCAAGCCGACCAUAUCCUGCGAGAUGAACAAUGGCAACAGCUCCAUCAAAUCUGGAAACCAGGCCACACUGAAGUGCUCUGCAGAAGCCAGACAGUCUCCGUCCUUAAAGUUUGUAUGGAGCUCACAUGGAACCAUGCAGACGAUUGGCAAGGAGUUACAAAUAGCUGUAGGGGAUGGGCAUGAUGAUAAAGUAUACGACUGCACUGUGAGCAACCCACUGACUAAAGAAUCGACCACAUUCACUGCAAAGGAUUGCUACCCCGACGGAGGUUCUGCUGGACUGACUGUCGGAAUUUGUGUUGCCAUUAUUGCUGCAAUUCUUAUCAUUGUUGGUGUUCUGUUCUGCAAACUCAAAGAGAAAGCAUGCUUUGCAAAGGAGAAAAGGCAUGAUGUGGAAAAACCUCCCAGUAAAAUGAAAGGCGCAGAAAACAAGGCAGCUCAUGUUGAGGAACUUAGAGGUCUUAUUCACAGACAAUCCACAUUAGCCUCUAAACAGCCACUUCGCUUUUUGACCCAACGUGAAAUUAACUCUCAGGACGACGACACAGAAGACUCAGAACAGAACUACAAACGAGAAUGUGUCAAAGAACGUAUAGAGGGAUUUGAGAGACCCAGUGGCAAAAAGAAAGCGAGAGAAAAGAACAAACAGAUACGAGCUGCAUCGCCUGGCCCUCCGGAUUCUGCUCAAAACGACAAAGAAGAUCCUGAUGUCCAAGAGCGAGAUCCUUCAGACUCUAAGAAGUCAAACGAUGUGUCGGGCGACCAAAGUGAGAACAAAAAAUCUGCUCUGCAGCCACCCACUGCUUCUGAACAGCCAGAGGCCAAGGAAGAAGCAGGUGAGGAAGCAGAGUCUCCUUCUGCAGUUGGUGUCCCUCCUCAUGCUGCCCAGCCUCAUUUACCGGUGACAGAAAACUCUCAGAACCAGUCACCUCAGGAUGAUGGUGGUGAACACAAGGAUCAAACCAGCUCUGAUCAUCAGACCAAAGACACUACAGAGAACAGUGUUGAAGAAGGUGACUCAUCAGAACCUGAAGACUUAAACAAGAGGGCAUCAGAACAUGGAUUCACAGCUGAGACACCAGUGAAGGUGAAAGCACUGAUAAAUGUAUUCGAGCCGAACAAUGAAAAUCAGAAAGAGGAGGACAAACAGAUACCAGCUGUGUCACCAGGUCCUCUGGAUUCUGCUGAAAACAGCAAAGGAGACGCUGACGUCCUUACGUCCAAAGAACUUGUGGAGGAAGAACUUGAUCCUUCAGACUCUGAGAAGUCAAACAAUGUGCCGGGCGACGAAAGUGAGAAGAAAAAGUCUGCUCUGCAGCCACCCACUGCUUCUGAACAGCCAGGUGUAGAGGAGGACAAAAAGAUGCCAACUGUGACACCUCGCCCUCAGGAUUCUGCUGAAAACGUUUUAGAGUCCGAUGUGCCUCCUCCUGUUUCACCUCUGACUCAAGAUUCCUCAAACAUAGCACCUCAGGAGGAUGCUUCUAAGCAGGAGAAAGAUGCCGGCUCUGAGCAGGUCACUGGAGGAACUACAGAGAGAGAAGUCUAAACGGAUCUGACGAAAAUGAAUCCAACAGUGACAAUGAUGUAAAAGAGAAUUCAAUCAUUUCUGAUCAGAAAGCUGCAGAAGCAACAGAUGAAGAAAAUUCACAGCAAGACGAAACACACCAAGGAGAAGACAAGCAGCAAGAAAGCGACAAUUCUGGCUCAGACAGUGCAAAUGAGCGAGAAAACAUAGAUCAGGACAAGAAUCUUCCUGCAGACCCUCCUCAGCAGCCCCAGAGCCCCAUAACACCAAAACCAGACAGCAGUAACACCAGCACCUCUCCUGUCACUGAACAGGCAGUCCCAGAUGAGAAAGAAAAGGACAAGACCAGGCAGAGCAGAGGGUCAGACAGCAGCAUGGAAGAGGCAGGCGAGGGUGAAGCAGCUGAAAAUUAAAAUGAAGUCCAGUGUGGCUCAGAAGAAAAAAAAGUUGACAAUAAGACCUUCAGGGAGGUUCAAGAAGGCCAGAAGAAAACUUUUGAACAGGCCUUCAUACAACUGGAAAGAGAAAGUACAAUAAAGAAGCAGAUAAUUGGAGUGAAGUUGUAAACACAACACAGCAGAAAGCAAAGGGGAAAAGAUACAAAGGCAAAGUGAAACCAAAUAUAGAGAAUAGUUUUAGUUUGAAACCAUCCACAAACAGAUCUUUGCUCUGAGACAAUGACGUCAUAUCACAGUAGACUGUGUCCAGUGUAACAUUAAAGGUCUCCUUAAAACCAGUGGCCAAUGACAUGCCAUAUUUUGUAAAUCAACAAGCUCUGGAUCAGGAAUGACUAAUUAAUACCUACAUUUUCUGGUUUACAUUCUAUAGCCUUCAGCCCAAAGAGACGCUCCAGUAUAGCAGUAAUAAGCUUAUUGCUAGAUUUACAAAUGCUGUAUUCCCUACUUAGACUGACAUUAGCAAGAGCUUCAGUUUAUUCUUUUGAAUUCAUAACAAAAUUCUAUUUGUAUUGAUCCAUGUCUGUGAUUAUAUUAAGUCAUUUACAAAAGGACAGUUUUACCUGUUUAAUUGUAGCUUGUUUUUGCUAUAUGUGUAUUUUUUACAUUGCUGGGAUAAUAAGUGAAACUGAUGUGAACUCAGGGUAAAUUAUUCUGUGAUUCAAUGACAUUACCAUACACUAAGCUGUAACUACAAAAUCUGAUUGUUAAAGUUGUUUUUAUCUCGUGUUUUUCUAAUGUUUUGUACAUAUUUUUACUAAUCAGUAAAGUAAGUGUAAACUCA